UCGCAAUGUUGGAUGAUUUGGAGCUAGACAACGGCUCGGCGGCAACAGCGACGCUCGAACUCGAUGCCGAGCUGGAGGAGAAGCCGCCACUCAAACCUCAAGUCCGCUUCUAUAGUGUGGGACCGAGCACCUAUCGUGUCCAGUGUCCACUUUGCCGGCAGAUGGCCAGAACGGAGACGGUGCAAAUGGCCGGUGCUUUGGGCCAACUCAGCUGUUUGUUGUCUGCCUUGUCCUGCUGUUUUCCCAUCUUUGCACUGACCUGCGUCUAUUCCUGCCUGCAGAGUCGUCUCAAGAGCAAACGCGUCUUCUGCAGCAGCUGUGGUGGCCACUUGGGUUUCCAUUGGCGUCCCAUUUAAUAAUUAUAUUAUUCUAAUUCCAUGUUCCACAAAAUUUGUUAAAGCUAUUUAUAAAUAAAUCGCAAUUUGCAGCUGUUGCCAAUUUUCAUAAGCACUUGAAA